CAACUUUUGGAUAGAGUGUCCUUAAGACUUUCUGCAGUAGGCUCUCCCACUUCACGAGUUGCGCCGAGAGGUCUGACCAGCUUGCGCGAAGCCAAUUCUCGACAAUCUCGUUCCUUUUCGACACUGACGACCUUCUUGUACAAUUGCGACUCCGGAAACGAGGCAUGCGGUAGCGGAACUAAGUUUUUACGGCGAGCAUUUGCAUCAAGCCGAAAGGAUUCGCAUCGAGGAACCGUUACUGGGUACGCGACCAGCUUCAUCAGCGACGAACUCGAGUGCCCGACCAGGAACCGGCGAAGACUUGACGACCGUUCUUUGCUGGCAACAUCACUGGCUAUAAGAUACCUUUCGAUCUACGUCAUCUGAGACCGUCAUGAUGAACGGCUGGGACGAGAAGCAGCACCUGGACGACGACGCCUUUGGGGCGAAGGGGAACAUCGUCAGCGCUUUCGAUGCCUUUCCCAAGGCGAAACCACAGUAUGUGACGCGCACAGCUGGCGGUGGAAAAUGGACUGUCGCGAUGAUGGUCAUAUCAAUCUUCCUUUUCUGGUCUGAACUUGGUCGCUGGUGGCGUGGGACCGAGACGCACACUUUUGCCGUCGAGAAGGGUGUACUGCACGAGAUGCAGAUCAACAUGGAUAUUGUCGUGCGCAUGCACUGCGAUGACCUUCACAUCAACGUUCAAGAUGCGGCGGGUGAUCGUAUCCUCGCAAGCAGCAUGCUCAAGCGCGACAAGACGAACUGGUCUCAGUGGGUGGACAGCAAGGGUAUCCACCGCUUGGGGAGAGACAGCAAGGGCAAGAUUGACACCGGCGCCGGCUGGCAGGAGGAGGAGGGCUUCGGGGAGGAGCACGUCCACGACAUUGUGUCGCUCAGCAAGAAGAGGGCCAAAUGGGCCAAGACACCCAGACUCUGGGGCGACGGCGACAGCUGCCGCAUCUACGGCAACCUUGAUGUGAACAGAGUGCAGGGUGACUUCCACAUCACUGCCAGAGGCCACGGCUACAUGGAGUUUGGAGAGCAUUUGGAUCAUGCCGCUUUCAACUUCUCACACAUCAUUUCGGAGAUGUCCUUCGGUCCAUUCUACCCCUCGCUUGUGAACCCCCUGGAUCGCACGGUCAACCUCGCCAGGAUCAACUUCCACAAGUUCCAGUACUACUUGUCCGUGGUUCCCACCGUCUACUCUGUCGGCCACUCGUCGUCCAACCUCAUUUCCACAAAUCAGUAUGCCGUCACAGAACAGAGCAAGGAGACCGAUGACCACAACAUUCCCGGUAUCUUCUUCAAGUACGACAUUGAGCCCAUUCUGCUAUCCGUGGAAGAGUCCAGAGACGGCUUCCUCCAGUUCUUGAUGAAGAUUGUCAACGUUAUCAGCGGUGUUCUCGUUGCCGGCCACUGGGGUUAUGCCCUCACCGAGUGGUACAAGGAGGUCAUGGGCCGGCGGAGAAGAGAGAGAAACGAGGGGUUCAUUGGCACGAAGAGCUCAGAGUACGAUCAGUAGAGCAGCACCAGGGGGGCAUCGACAGAUGGGAACAUAGUGACAUAGGAGUUCAAGGAUUGUGUAUAGAUAAGCAUCUGGGAUAGGGGAAAUUGUUUCUUUGCAUCGUUUAUACGAAAUUCAGCCAGUAGAACAGUUGACAGGCCA